AUGGAGAACACUGCCCCGGCUGCCGGCUUCCUGUACUGGGUGGGCGCUGGCACCGUGGCCUAUCUGGCCCUACGCAUCACCUAUUCUGUCUUCACGGCCUUUCGGGUCUGGGGUGUGAGUCACGAGACCGGGGUCGGACCCGGGCUCGGUGAAUGGGCAGUUGUCACAGGCAGUACUGAUGGAAUUGGGAAGUCAUAUGCAGAAGAGUUAGCAAAGCGUGGAAUGAAAGUUGUCCUUAUCAGCAGAUCACAGGAUAAACUGAACCAGGUUUCUAGUGAAAUAAGAGAAAAAUUCAAAGUGGAAACAAGGACCAUUGCCGUUGACUUUGGAUCAGAAGAUAUUUAUGAGAGAGUUAAAACAGGCUUGGCAGGUCUUCAAAUUGGUGUUUUAGUGAACAACGUGGGGAUGUCAUAUGAAUAUCCUGAAUACUUUUUAGAUAUUCCGGACUUGGACAAUACCAUCAAGAAACUUAUAAAUAUUAAUGUUAUUUCUGUUUGUAAGAUGACACAGUUGGUGCUUCCUGGCAUGGUAGAAAGAUCAAAAGGGGUGAUUCUGAACAUCUCCUCUGCCAGUGGCAUGCACCCCGUUCCACUGUUGACCAUCUAUUCUGCAACCAAGGCUUUUGUCGAUUUCUUCUCCCAGUGCCUCCAUGAGGAGUACAAGAGAAAGGGCAUCUUUGUGCAGAGUGUCUUGCCAUACUUUGUAGCUACAAAGCUGGCGAAAAUCCGCAGGCCGACUUUGGACAAGCCCUCUUCAGACACAUUUGUGAAGUCUGCAAUGAAAACAAUCGGCUUGCAGUCCCGCACCAGCGGAUACCUGGUCCAUUCUCUAAUGGCCAUGCUAAUAUCAUCCCUGCCUUCUUGGCUUUACUUUAAUAUGGUCAUGAAUGUAAACAAGUCUUCGCGGGCUCGCUAUCUGAAGAAAACCAAGAAGAACUAA